GCCUGCGCGGGGAGGGAGCCAGCUUCCUCCGGAGCGCCGGCGCCAGGCGCCGGCCUCUUCCCCGCCCUCCCCCGAGUCUCCUCGGACGCUCCCGACUUGAAGGCCGCGGUAACUGGGCAGGAAGGAGGGCUGACCCGAGGCUCCGCCGUCGGUUCUUUGUGCUUUCCAGACGGCCGGUCAGCUGGCCCGGGCCCGGCCUGAGGGCUCCUGCCAGAUGUUAACGCGGCGUCCGCCCUCCGUUCCCCUCCAGUCGGCUUGAACCUUGCCGGCUUUCUUCCAGGCGACACGAUGUAAACAAACCCUGCCGGGUCGGUGCUGCAAUGGGCUGGCCGGUGGCACCCACAGAGGUUUGCACAGGCCAGCUUGUCAAGCCUCUUGCCCUACAUAAUCUGCCUCCCUCGUCCCGCACAAAUGUCCCCCGAGCAUCUUCUGCCCCGCGGUUUUCUCCCCGUUUGUGUGUCCUUUGUUCGAUGCGCCUUAAACGUGGAUGUGAGUGCCUUCAAGAGCUCACGCAGAAACCCAAGGCAUGAGUUGAUGGCGUCCAGAAGUUGGAGAACCAUCUAAAGAAGAGAAGGCUGUAGCUAAAUAUCUUCGAUUCAACUGUCCAACAAAAUCCACCAACAUGAUGGGUCAUCGGGUUGAUUAUUUUAUUGCUUCAAAAGCAGUGGAGUGCCUCUUGGAUUCAAAGUGGGCCAAGGCCAAGAAAGGAGAGGAAGCCUUAUUUACGACCAGGGAGUCUGUGGUUGACUACUGCAACAGGCUUUUAAAGAAACAGUUUUUUCAUCGGGCCCUAAAAGUCAUGAAAAUGAAAUAUGAUAAAGACAUAAAAAAAGAGAAAGAUAAAGGAAAACCUGAAAGUGGGAAAGAAGAUGAUAAGAAGAGCAAGAAAGAAAGUGUUAAAGAAGAAAAAACAAAAAAGGAAAAAGAAAAAAAGAAAGAUGGUGAAAAAGAAGAUUCCAAAAAGGAGGAAACUCCAGGAACUCCAAAAAAGAAGGAAACUAAGAAAAAAUUCAAACUUGAGCCACAUGAUGAUCAAGUUUUUCUGGAUGGAAAUGAGGUUUUUGUGUGGAUCUAUGACCCAGUUCACAUCAAAACAUUUGUCAUGGGAUUAAUUCUUGUGAUUGCAGUGAUAGCAGCCACCCUCUUCCCUCUGUGGCCAGCAGAAAUGAGAGUAGGUGUGUAUUACCUCAGUGUGGGCGCAGGCUGUUUUGUAGCCAGCAUUCUUCUCCUUGCUAUUGCUCGCUGCAUCCUGUUCCUCAUCAUCUGGCUGAUAACUGGAGGAAGGCACCACUUUUGGUUCCUGCCAAACCUGACUGCUGACGUGGGCUUCAUUGACUCCUUCAGGCCCCUGUACACACACGAGUACAAAGGACCAAAAGCAGACUUAAAGAAGGAUGAGAAAUCUGAAACCAAAAAGCAGCAGAAGUCCGACAGUGAGGAAAAGUCAGACAGUGAGAAAAAGGAGGACGAGGAAGGGAAAGGAGCGCCAGGAGACCAUGGACCAGAAGGCUCGGGCGGAGAGCGGCACUCCGACACAGACAGUGACAGGCGGGAAGAUGACCGCUCCCAACACAGUAGUGGGAAUGGGAACGAUUUUGAAAUGAUCACGAAAGAGGAACUGGAACAGCAGACAGAUGGGGAUUGUGAUGAGGAAGAUGACGACAAAGAUGGAGAGAUGCCUAAAUCUGCACAUGAAAAAUCAUAAUCUGACUAGUUUGGGGACUAAAUAAGUACAACAGGUUGGGUUUUCUGUGUUGGCCAAUCAUCAUGAUGUACAGAUGGCAUUUGUAGCAUUCUUUAAAUCCAUUUUAUGAAAUGUAUUUGACAUUCAGUUACAGUCAGCCUUUUGUUUUGUAGAACAUUGGUACUAUUAUUGAUACAGUCUAAAGCCAUUAAUAAGUUUUAUCCAUCUGAUAAUUUUACAGUAAGUAGGAUAGUCAUCAGAGGUACAUUGUCCACAAUGACACUUAGAUUAAGGGCAUUUUUGAUAGCUGUAUGGCUUUUUACUGUUAGACUAAUGGAAAUUGCUAAAGAAACUGCAGCAUUUCAGAUUAUGCAUAAAUACAUAGCCAUUUUGCAGUUUCUUUAGGAUGAAAUGCUUAAACUCAUUGUUCUUGCUAGUUACGCUGUUUGCGGGGUUUUUUGUUUUUUUGUGUUUUUUUUUUUUUUCAUAAAAUUAUACCAGAAAAUUCCUUUUUUAAGGUUUUUGAGUUAGCAGGGAUCAAGAGCAUCUUGUGGAAACAAACCAGCAAGUAACAGUGUAGCAACCCUUUUAAUUCAGCUACAGAGUCUCCUUUUCCAGCCUAGGAAAUCCAACUGACUUGUACGUUCAAUCCAGAGGAAGGUGGUCCUCUCCAGCAGACGUGAGGACGCUGACUGGAUGGCGAGGCCCUUCCUUCCUCCCUUCUCCUUGUCAUAACAUAAAUGUAUUCUGUACAUAAUUUACAAAUAAAACAUUUUAUUUUAAUUGUUACUUAUUAUUUAGACAUUUCUCAACACUUAAAUUUGUAAAACAAAAACCAUAUUAAAGUAUGUUUUUAGGGAGUUUCAGUAACCCACAGAACAUCUGAUCUUUCUACAGCAGCUUCAGUUGUGUGCCAACAUUCCAUGUAUUUUAAUAUGAGUAAAAAUUAUCCUUAUUAAGUAAGAACAGACUUAAAGUAGUAGCUGUUUGUACGCCUUAAUGUUCAUUUUGAUUUAUUUUAAAUCUUUACAUUUAGAAAUGGGGACUAUGUUAUCAGACAAGGAGGCACUGCUAUGAAAGACAAUUUGCUGUUCUAAAAUACCAAUUAAAAAUAAAGGAUAUAAAAGAAAACAUAGCAAA